AUGAGAUUUUCUACCUCCGUGGUCGCUGUUCUGACCAGCGCCCUCGCUAUCAACGGUGUGUUGGCCAUCCCCCAGGUCAAGAACCCCGUCCCCCAGAACAUCCUCGAGCCUGUGCAGUUCCGCGUAGCUUUCGCUGGUGCUGAAGCCGGAAAGUCUGCCGCUGUGUCCUGGAACACCUACGGCGAGCUGUCAGGAGCACCCACUCUCCGAUAUGGCCUUGACCCUGAUAACCUCAGCAAGUCUGCCUCUGGAGAGUCUAAUACCUAUGCCACUUCCACUACCUGGAACCACCAUGUUGUUCUGGAGGGCCUCGAGCCUGGAACUGUGUACUACUACCGAGUAGAGGGUGCUGACGUCUCCAAGACCUUCCAUUUCAAGACUGCUCUUGCUCCCGGUACCAACAAGGAAUUCACUUUUGCUGCUGCCAUUGAUCUAGGAGUCAUGGGAGAGUAUGGACUUAGUACCUGGGUCGGGGAGGGCGCUGAGGGUCCCCUCAAGCCCGGAGAGAAGAACACCAUCGACUCUCUUUUGGACGACUUUGACGAGUACGAGUUCCUCCUGCACCCUGGAGACAUUGCCUACUCCGAUUACUGGCUCAAGGAGGAGAUCCAGGGCUACCUUCCCAACACCACCCUUGAGGAAGGAAUCUACGUUUACGAGGCUCUGCUGAACACCUACUAUCAGCAGAUGGAGGGCUUGACUGCCUACAAGCAGUAUAUGGUCUCCCCAGGUAACCAUGAGGCCAACUGUAACAAUGGAGGAACCUCUGACAAGAAGAACAACAUCACUUAUACUGCUGACAUGUGCUUUGAGGGCCAAACCAAUUUCACCGGACUGCGAAACCACUUUCGAAUGCCUGCUGAGGAGUCUGGUGGUGUCGGCCCUAUGUGGUACUCUUUCGAUUACGGUCUUGUCCACUUUGUUUCCAUCAACACCGAGACUGACUUUGAGGAUGCUCCAUCUUCCACCGGUAUGCGGUCCGGAGAGUUUGGUUAUCCAGGACAGCAGCUCGAUUGGCUCCGAGCUGAUCUGGCCAAUGUUGACAGAGAGAAGACUCCCUGGGUUGUCGUUUCUGGCCACCGGCCCUGGUAUAUUGACGCCAAGAAGAAGAACGUGUGCAAGGACUGUCAAAACGCCUUUGAAGACAUUCUGGUCGACGGAAACGUCGAUCUGGUCAUCAUGGGUCACGUGCAUCUCUAUGAGAGAAACCACCCUGUUGCCCACGGAAAGGUUGAUCCUAACGGCCUGAACAACCCCUCUGCUCCCUGGUACAUUGUCAACGGUGCUGCUGGCCACUAUGACGGUAUCGACUUUGCUGCCGGUCUCGACGAGGAGUGGAUCGCCUAUACUAUGGACGGUCACUACGGAUGGUCUUCUUUCACUGUACACAACUGCUCCCACCUCACCCACGAGUUUGUCUUUUCCGAGAAUAACACUCGUCUUGACCGACAGACUUUGUUCAAGGACCGAAAGUGUAAGCUUCCCAUUGAUGGCGGCUCUUCUGUGUCGAUCUCGCCUUCUACGUCGUCGAUCCCUGGGGUUGAAAGUGGUUCUGGAUUCAACGGAACUGUUACCAAGACCGAGUCUGAUAAGAAGUCCUCUGUGGUCGGCACUGCCACGGUCUCUAAGCCGAAGCCUGCCGAUGAGACUAAGACCGUUAUCAAACCCGAGACCUCUACAGUUACCGAGACUGACUGUGAAAAGUGUCAUUCUGAGACAAAUGGAAGUCUAUUGGAGUCGGCUGCUGAAACCGCUCAGACGGAGAAGGAGCAGUCUAAAGCUGCUACCGUCGUCGAAACCGUCCACGAGACCGCCGUCGCCUCUACCAAGCCCAUUGUUUCUAUUUCAUCCCUAUCUCCUGUUGCUACAGCACCCAUUGCUAGCGUAGGACCUUCAUCUGUGGCCUCCGCCAGCGAAUCCGAGUCUGCUGCUGUUUUCCAGCCCAGCACCGGUUCUGCAGGAUCUACGCCCGCACUAGCCAAUGUCGCCACUCUGGCGCGAAUCAGCCCCAUGGUGAUGGGCGUUGCUCUUGUGGCGGUCCCCGCCUUCGCCAUGCAAUUUGUCUAA